CUAGCGGCAAACAUGGCGGCGGCGGUUCCUGAGGUAAAUGUCGCGGCGGCGUCGGCGGUGUCGGCGGCGGUUCCGAACGAAGAACCGGAGGCGCCGCCCACUGCUACCGUGACGAGCCGCCCGUCCCGCUUGCCUUUAUCCCGGGUGAAGGCGCUGGUCAAAGCCGACCCGGACGUCAGCCUCGCCAGCCAAGAAGCCGUCUUCAUCCUGGCCCGCGCCACGGAGCUGUUUGUGGAGACCAUGGCCAAGGACGCCUUCACUUUUGCCCAGCAAGGAAAAAGGAAGACCCUCCAGAGGAAAGACCUGGACAACGCCAUCGAAGCCGCCGACGAAUUUGCCUUCCUGGAAGGGACAUUGGACUGAACGGAGAGAAGGAAGCGGGAUUCAUUAACACCAAACUGA